UCAAAACCAAGCAUUGUACAGUGAAAGUAGUUUUAGUAUGAGGUGUUAAUUUACUGCUAAACAUUCCAAAUUAAAAUAUCACGCCCUUCUACUAAUGCUUCUUUCUCCGUUGAAAACGAAACUUUCAGUAGAUUGCUGCAUUUCACCCGAUAAACAUCUUAACGUAAAGCCACGAUGGUUCUUCUGCUGUUAACGGCGAUCAUCUCCGUCCUAACGGGACUUCUGUACUGGCUGCACCGGAAGCAGUACAAAUUCGCCGACAGGUGGCCAUCGGUGUAUCCGGCGUACCCGUUGAUUGGGAACACCCUGAAGGUGGUCGGAAUGACCGACUUGCAGCGGACCGAUCUGAUCAAGGAAACGUUUCAAGAGUGCGAUCGUAUCUCCAAGGCAUGGGCUGGGCCCAAGCUUCUGCUGUUGACCAGUCAUCCGGAUUUGAUCCAGAAGAUACUGAUGAGCCCGGAUUGCCUGGAGAAGCCGUUUCUGUACCGUUUCGUGGGGUUCGAGCUGGGAUUGUUUACUUCAAAGUAUCACUACUGGAAGGGACUCCGGAAGCGACUUAAUUCGACUAUGAACCAAAAGGUCGUCAACAGUUUCAUUCCGAUAUUUGUGAAAUAUUGUCGAAAAACGGUGGACAGUUUGAACCUUUGUGAGGAUGGUGAAACGAUCGACAUUCACAAGUACACCGGGUUGACCUUCCUGGAGGCAGCCUGCGAGACCACGCUCGGAGUUGACGGUCUCGACAGACCGGGCAAGAAAGAGUUCAAGGAAGGGUUGGACAAGAUACAGGAAGUGGCAUCAAAGCGGAUGAUUACUCCAUAUUUGUAUCCGGAUGUGGUCUACCGAAUGACAAAUUACUUCAAGGAGGUCUCUGAAGCUAGCAAAAUUGUCUGUGACUUUUUGCUGAAGCUUUCGAAAGAAAGAAAGCAAUUUCUGAUCAGUAGUGAUAACGACAGUGAUGAUACAGAGGAGGAAAACGACACCUCCGGUAAGCCAAAGGUGUUCGUCGACGAGAUUCUGAAGGUAUUCAACGACGGAAAAGUCUUCGACGACACGGAACUUACUCAUAACAUGUACGCGAUUAUUACUGGGGCUAUUGACACCAGCGGUACCAUAACGGCCCACGCUUGUCUGCUGAUGUCAUUUUACCCGGACAUGCAGAACCGCCUCUUUGAGGAAAUAUCCGAACUUUACCCGUUGGACAAUCCCGCGAUGGAUUUUUCUCCCGAGAUGCUGAAACAACUGCGUUACACAGAGAUGUUUCUGAACGAAAUUCUACGCUACUGGCCGGCGGGACCGAUGGUAGCUCGCCAGAACAUUGCCGAAAUCGAGCUCGAUGGUGUACGCGUUCCGCCGGGGCAGACGUUUGUAAUGAGCAUCGAGGCGCUGCACCGCCGGAAGGACGUUUGGGGUCCGGACGCGGAUCGGUUUGACCCGGAGAACUUCUCCGAGGAGCGUGUCAGGCAGCGGCACUCGUUUGGAUUUUUGCCGUUCAGCGGGGGGAAGAGAAUUUGUUUUGGAUGGCGCUACGCCCAGACAGCAAUGAAGGUUAUGAUGGUGCACCUGGUGCGACAUUUUCAGUUUAGCACUAAAAUUAAACCGGAAGAUGUUCGGUUCCGGCACGAUGUGACGAUGAAGCUAGCGUUUGAACAUGCUGUGCAAAUCACGAAGAGAAAUUCUUUGAAUGCUUAA